UUUCAGGCAUUCUUUAGCAGAUGGUGGAACGAGCAGAACUCUAGCAUUCAGGGGGUCGUGAGGCGGCUUGUCAAGUCUGGGCAGCUCGAAUUUGCAAAUGGUGGAUGGUGCAUGCACGAUGAAGCCGCGACUCACUACGCGGAUAUGAUCGAUCAAACUACACUCGGUCACAGGUUUCUCAAGCAAGAGUUUGAUGUAGUUCCUCGCAUUGGAUGGCAAAUAGACCCGUUUGGACACUCCGCCGUGCAAGCAUAUCUCCUAGGCACUGAGCUUGGCUUUGAUGGUCUGUUCUUCGCAAGGAUCGAUUAUCAAGACAGGCUUAGGAGGACCCAAGACAAGAACCUCGAAUUCGUCUGGGAAGGAUCAAACACCUUGAAGUCUGACAACCAGUUGUUUACGAGUGUGUUUCUUCGCCACUACAAGCCCCCAAAAGGAUUUAAUUACGAAGGAAGCGGUGGAAUUAUCAUGCAGGAUGACCCUUCCAAAGGCGCUACGAACAUAGAGGAGCGUGUAGAAGCGUUUGUAAACGCAGCCAAGGUGUAUGCAAAUGCGACUCAAACAAAUCAUGUCAUGUGGACGAUGGGAGACGAUUUCAAAUACUACCGCUCUGCAGAGUGGUACACUGAGAUGGACAAGCUGAUCCACUACGUGAAUAAGGAUGGUCGAGUGAACGCUCUGUACUCGACGCCAUCCAUAUAUCUGGAUGCUAAGCACGCAGCUGAUCAAGUGUGGAAUGUCACAAAGAAUGACUUCUUUCCAUACGCGGACAAUAAGGACUCGUUCUGGACAGGCUACUAUACCAGUAGAACCGUCUUGAAGGGCUACGUUCGUGCUCUUUCUGGUUACUUACAGGCAGCUCGGCAACUGGAGGCCUUGACAGGAAAAAGAGACCAUCCAAACACAGAUAAUUUGUGGCGUGCCUUGAGUGUUGUACAGCAUCACGAUGGAGUGAGUGGCACCGAGCGGCAAAAGGUGGCUGACGACUAUGCUAGACUACUUGCUAUCGCAGCUUCCGAGGCUGAGAAAUCAAUGAACUUGGCUGCUUCUUGCUUAGCAGCCGGCGUUUCUCCAUCCGACUGCCUCAGAAAGAACGUUUCUUCCGACGCCGUUCAAUGUCCUCAUCUCGAUAUAAGUUUUUGCCCCUCGUCCGAAAACAUUACCAGUGACAAGCCUUUGGUUGUCACUGCCUAUAAUCCUCUUGGAUGGGCUCGUGAGGAGUACAUUCAAAUACCGGUGAGCUCCAACGCUCUUAUUGUCACAGACGCUACUGGCAAAGCAGUGGACUCACAGCUAGCACCCAUCAGUGACGCAACCAAAAAGCUUAGAAAGCUUCAUGCCGAGCUAGAUAUCGGCGUAAUACCAGAAGACGAAACUCUUUACUCGCUCGUCUUUAAGGCAGUGGUUCCUCCUCUUGGCUUCAGCUCCUACCUUGUCAAGCCGUCCAAGCCCAAUGAAAAUGGCAAGUGGUUCGGUUCAGCUGGAAACUCUAGAGUAUAUGAGGCAAAUAUUACGGAUUCGUCGACUGAGUACUUUUGGUACACUGGCCAAGUUGGAGGCCAGAACUCUGGUGCAUAUAUCUUUCGACCAGCUGAUAACAAUCCAACUCCAGUAACAUCAUCUGCUUGGCUGGCUGUGGAGGGACCUUUGUACAAGGCACGCCGACGACAAGUUUCACCUUGGAUUUACGAAGAGCAUCGUCUUUACAAUGGCGAAACCCAUAAUGAGCUUGAGAUCACGGUUGGCCCCAUUCCACUGGAUGAUGGCGUUGGAAAGGAAGUCAUUGUGAAGGUCAAGGCGAACACAACGAGCAAUAGCAAGUUCUACACUGAUUCAAACGGCCGGGAUUUUCUAGAACGAGUGCGAUCAAAGCAAGUGACUCAGCCCGUUGCUGGAAACUACUAUCCCGUAAACCUGGGAAUUUAUAUCAACGAUAACCAAACGGACUUGUCACUUCUUGUCGAUCGAGCUUCAGGAGCGUCGAGUACCAACGAUGGUGAAGUUGAGCUCAUGCUUCACAGACGUCUAAUGGCCGAUGAUGAAAGAGGAGUCUCCGAAGCUUUGGACGAGCAAGUUUGUAUUGGGUCACAGGAAUGCGAAGGUCUAACGGUUAGACGGAUGGUUUACGUAAAUUCGGGUCCCGUCAAGGAAGCAAGCCGAUGGCGUCGUCUCAAAGGCCAGAGAAUUUACUCUCCACUCCAGCUCUUUUUCAGCACUCCGAGUGGACAAAAUGUUCCUAAGCAAUUCUCGAUGGUAAAGAGUGGAUAUGCUCUUCCAGACAAUGUCGCGCUUCUCACAAUCCAGGAGCUGGAGGAUAAAUCCAUCCUCGUGAGGCUGGCUCACUUGUUUGAGGCCGGGGAAGACGAUACCCUGUCCAAGCCGGCAAAUGUACAACUCAAACAGCUCUUCUGGCACUGGGAGAUACAAGGAGUGAACGAGCUCUCGCUGUCAACAAACCAAGACAAGAGCAGCAUGAAGAGGCGUAUGGAAUGGAAAGUGGCCGAAAAAAGCGAGGGUGGAGCCAAGCGUGGAGCUCGGAUCGACCAAAAGUCGCUACUUGUGGAGCUCGGGCCGAUGGAAAUUCGUACCUUGCAGCUCACUGUCAAGCCAAAGAAUGUCGUAACAUUGAUUUGACCCAAGUAUGUCACAACAUAGAUGGCUUUCCAAAUUGUAGCAGUGUUCUUUCGUUACUAUGGAAGGUUCCACUGAAAA